GAAAUUAAUUGUUGGUUCAAUGCCUCGAGUACCUCCCGGCCUGCUGCAAUUGCUGGCCCGUCCUCCGCCUCUCUCUGCCGUGCUAUCCCUCAUACGGCCUCGCAGUUUCCAGCACCAAAAUUCUCCCAUAAUAUCCGUUGCCAGAGCCAGCCCUUUCCUUGCGCAGUCCUUCGCCCACCCUUCACCCAUCUUAGGAUCCUUGCAGCAGCUUCGUUUCGCCCAGAUGGGCACUGAAUAUCAACCAUCCCAAAGAAAGAGGAAACGCAGACACGGUUUUUUGGCACGGCUCAAGUCGCGAGGAGGAAGGAAGAUAUUGGCUAGGCGCAGGGCAAAACACAGGAAAUAUCUCUCGCACUGAGGUUCCACAUUGUUUGGGUUGCGUUGUCAUCACUCCCAAUUUGUCUAUCACCGCUCAGCAAAAAUCACAGCGGUUCGAUAUUGAAUACUUAUAUGAAGCUAUCUACUUAAAUUAAGAACGUGAGUGUAUACGACAACGAGAUGACUACUGGACAAAUAUCCGCUAUCUGCAUCCAUUCUCACCCUCAGCAGCCACUAGACGUUGCCUAUCUAUCGGCCAAGGUUGCACGAAUUUCUCCGAUCCAGAAUCCGUUGAGAUACCAAACAGCAUUUUGGGCUGCAGAGGGAAUGGCGCUGCCAGGUUAGUUGCAUCA